AUGUCUAACGAAGAAGAUGAGUGUGAUUCAUCAAGUCUAUUUCCUAUGGCUAGUCAAUCGGAUGUAGCGUCAUUUCUUCGUUCCCAAACAGUCAAACUCACCGGUUUGAGUGCAACAGCAACUGACGACGACGAUGAUGAUGAUGAUGAAAACUCGAUCAAUGAUCAUCUAUUUGCGAGUUUAACUCAACAUCGAUCGACAGUGCCAAAAACUUGUUUAAGUCAUUCGUGCUUUGCGUCAAUUUCCUCGCAAGCAGCCAACACAAUCGACGAUCUAACAGAAUUGAAAUGGUUAAGUACAUUCAAAUUCAAAGAAAAUAAACAACAAACAUCUGGAUUGAACAAUUCUACUCAUGAUUCAAUAAGUAAACUCAGCAACGAUUUGAAAACACGCGUUCAUAAUGACUCAGCGUCAUACGGCGCACUGACAUUUCUUGCAAUGCAUUCUCAACGCAACGAUCAGCAAUCGCCAUGGUCUUUAUCAAUCAAACAAAUCUAUGAGUACAUACAAAGAAAUCAUCCGAAAGUUCUGAAUAAACGCGGUUGGAAAAAUGCAUUGAAGCAAACCUUAAAUACAAUUCCAUGUUUUAUUAAAACCAAACACGAAACAGCGAAAUCAAAUUCCAUGUGGACGAUCGAUCCGUACUAUCGACCAUUAUUAACAAAAGCUUAUUUAAGCAAUGUAGCUUUGCAAGACAAUAAGAGCGUUUCACUACGCAGCGAGAGUAAUCAGACGUCCGAAAUGGUUGUUCAUCAUUUCCCACCGAAAGCUACAGUGAAAACGAAAGCACUUCCUCGUCUUUAUGAGCAACUUUGUGGGAAAGAGACACAGAUAAAAGCGUUGAGCAAUUCAAACGCAGACCAUGGAUAUGCUAUUACAGGUGACAAACGAGCGCUGUCAAUGUCAUCAUCAACUUCACUUCGAACGCUACGAAAUAACGAUAACAAUCGUUACUCGUCAACCUCGCCACGACCGUCGAAAAGAAACAAACACAAUAAAUCACCGCAUCCGCAAGGUGACGAUUCAGUUACAUUAAAUGAAAAAUCAACUGUUGUAACUCCCUGUCCUAAUGAUGAUCAUAUGUAUUUGGAAAAGCAAAUUAUCUUAACAAAAAAGCCGAAUGAGCAAUCGGUUGAUGAAGAUGACGAAUGCGAUAGUAGUUCACUAACGCAUUCUUCUGGUGCUCAAACAUCUAUUCAUAAUCGAAAGUCAUUGCUACCAAGAAAACGUACAUCUGUCGAUUUCGUAUUACGGCGAGCAAAGACGCGCAUGAGUCGGAGAAUCAUCGAACAAGACUUAGAAUUAUUACGACAACCGAAUGCGAACACGUCCGUCGAAUAG